AACGCUGGACUAAAUUAGUUUUCUUCGCAGGAGAUUACAGCCUACUUAUGUGAAGAAGUUGUACCGGUGAGCUGAAUAAUUAAUAUCUAACCAUACGGGAAUAUCGAACGAGUGCAUUAUUUAAGUUGUAUUUUCACUGUAUCACGAACAAUAAAGGCCUGGCUACCGGGGUACUUGUCUUCGAUCGUUGCACACAGGUCUACCGUGGCCAGCGCUGGACAACCCCCCCGUGCUCCGCUCUUAAAUACCCAUAGUCAUCUGCUCUGUUCUGGCCGAUAGCCCGAGGUGUCGGAUAGGAAUAAUUUCACUUUACUCGUUUAAAUUCAUGUGGGUUCUGCACCGAGCAGUGGUGUAUUUUUAGUCGUCUGAAUCAUCAGAUACAGUCCGUGUGUGUGUGUGUGAACUUGCCGGGGAUUUGUGCUGCAUAUUGAGGGUGUUCAAAGGGUAGUCGGCGACCCGGGAAAAAACGCAACUGGACAUCAACUGCGUGUCGUCUGUUUCCUUGAUGUCAGAUUUUGCUUGGCUUCUUUCUUCAACCGAAUUGGCUCGACGGCAAACUCCUCAUUUAAAAACAACUUAGAGUUAUAACGAGGAGUGGAUACAGUUAACAAGGAUGGUUCUUCAUAUGUUUUUAAGAAGCACGCUAUUUUGUCUUCAUCUGAUAUAAAUCUUCAAUCAGAAUGGAAAGUGAAGUCAGGUUAACCUCUCGUGCCUGCUUCUCUCAUCGGGGCUGGAAAAUUUUCCGUGCUCUCCUCUUGUACUCCUUCGCAGCUAGCCUCAUCAUCAUGGUUAUAUUAAACUCAACCAACACCAUGAAAGUGCUGCAAUUCAGCAAGAGAAUACCUUUCAAACUUCACAAUCUCUCCUCAGGAACUCUCAGAGCUCCUCAGUCCCCUGAGAACAAGGCUGUCGAGCCCGAGAACUUGGUUGUCGAGCCUGAGAACGAGGCUAGUGAAAAGGACUUUAUGUUUGUUCGUAAAACUGGAACUAAACACGAGCCAUCGAAGAGAAGAAUGCCAUAUAAUGAAACGAACAGAGGAAAUUUGAACACCAGAAGAAAGUAUAAAGUCCACGAUGGAAAUAACAGAACUGAGGAUGAAAAUUCUGAACUUUAUUCUGUGAGAAGUCAUUACAAGUCUAUGAUUGAUCUACAGCCUUUAGAUUUCCACUGCGAUACCUGUGCAAUAGUAUCCAGCUCCGGCCAGCUCUUAUCGAAAAAAGCCGGUCGCGAAAUCGACAGUCAUUCCUGCGUACUACGAAUGAAUGUCGCUCCGACCAAAGGAUUCGAACAAGACGUCGGGUUCAAAACAACAAUUCGUAUUAUCUGCUUCAUAUCGACGAUAGGACUUAAGGUUCACGCUCAAGAGUUCUUGAGGGGCGAGCAACUCGCUGAUAGGAUACUCUUCUGGGGUUUGAACUCGCCCAAACAUCGGGAGGCACUUGGGCGGGUUGAGAUGCUCGCUAAAGGUUACCAAGAUGUAGAGUUCUUCUCUCAGGAUGCCUCGGGUGAACUGGAGGCGGAGCGACUAUUUGAGAGGGCGACGGGGAAAAGCAGGCAAAAGACCAACUCUUGGUUAUCUACAGGCUGGUUCACAAUGAUGUUGGCCAUUGAUACGUGCAAUGAAAUACAUGUAUACGGAAUGGUACCAGAGGACUAUUGCAGUAAAUAUGGCUACAAGACUGUGAAGUAUCACUACUGGCAGAACGCAUGGGAUCCUAACGAAUGCGGCUACUACAAAGCCAACGAAAACACCCAAAAAGGUGGCCACCGCUUCAUGACUGAAAAGGCGAUUUUCCGACAAUGGGCGCAGAAAUAUAACAUAACAUUCCACUACCCGUCGUGGGACAAGCCAAAGUAUACAUGGCAACGACCAAUAAAUACACCUUUCAUGCGAAAGUAUAGCAAUGAGAAGACGGUAUUAGCUCGUUAGAAAUACGAAGACUAAAGCUGCCUUCCCUUUGUACUUUGUCUUUCGCUGCCACGCGGAAAGUUACCCAAUUUCAUGGCUCUGCUUAAUACCGUAAGCAAACUAUCGACGCUUGCAUAAGUAGGGAAUUAUGUGCUUACACAGGUAGCUUGCGCAUAAGCGAUGAAUGUAAGCACAGUGUUUGGCGGUAGAGUCAUGAAAUUCUAUGCUUGCAUAGCUAGCACAGAAAUUUGGCGCUUGCAAGUAAGCAGAAUUCAGCGGUAAGCAGAGUCAUGAAAUUAGGCCCUGGUG